AUGAGCACCACAAACAGCGAAGACACCAUUGACGUGGACUUUCCCGACGCGCCCGCCGCGCCCUUUCCCAGAGCCGGCGCCGCCACCGCCCCGGCCGACGACGAUGACGACGACGACCCCAUCACCGCCUCCUACCCCGUAUUCCUGAACCCGGCGCUUCCCCUCGGCCGGCGCCUUCUGGUGCUGCAGCACCCGAACCGGACCGACGAGGGCGGCGCGUCGCGCGCGCCGCCGUCCGAGCUGCGCCUCAAGGCCGAGUCGGGCAUGGUCGAGGUGGACAUGCCGCUCGACUACAACGAGGCGUACGACCGGGACAAGGGCCUGCGCUGGGGCCGCACGCUGCAGGCCUCGAUGGCGGCCAAGAACGGCGGCAGCCACGGUCUCGCGGGCGGCUUCGGGUUCGGCGCCGUGCAGCAGCGCGGUGCCGGCGGUGGCGGUAGGAAGCGCAGCGAGGUGGACGCGGAGGACCUGAUUGACUGGAACGAGGCGGUGCGGCAGGACAAGGUGCUCCGCACGCAGACGCUCGGAGGCCAGUACCCAGACGCGGACGAGGUGCAGUACAUGGUCGGCGUCUUCCAAGGAAACGACCUGCACUUAACGCCCGUGUCGUCCCUCGUGCACCUGCGCCCGCAGCUGCACCACCUCGACGCCGCGACGCAGCAGGAGCGCCAAGCCGCGGCCAAGGAGUCCGCCGCCGCGGCCGGGGGUGCUUCGGGUGCUUCAGGUGCCGGUGCUGGCGGCGCUGGCGGCCCCGGCGGCCCGGCGGCGCGCGCCAUCCACAUGAGCAUCAAGACGACGGCCGACGGCGAGACGGUGACGACCGAGACCAUCGCUGACCGCCUGCGCUCCGUGCAGAGCGAGCCCUGGCGCAAGAUGCGCUACACCGACGAGAACGAGGAGGCCGCGUGGGAGGUGUACAACGAGAGCCUGUUCCUGAGCGCCAAGGGUGGCAGCGAGGCGAAAGGGAAGAAGAAGAGCGGCGCAGACGAGGCGGCGGCCGAGGCGGAGAACGCGUCGAUCGAGGGCGCGGUCGCCACGUUCGCGUCAAAGUGGGAGAGCGGGCAGCUGCUCGAGGCGGUCAGCGGCAUCAAGAAGCCGGAGCAGCCCGUGGCGGCGGUGGUGGCGCAGGCGGCGGCGAGCAAGGCGGCGGCGGAGGACAAGGCCAAGCAAGAGGCCAAGGAUAAAAAGGCAGCCGAGGCGCAGGCGGCGGCUGCGGCGGCUGCAGCAGCAGCGGAGGAGGAGACGAGACGACCAAAGAGAGCGCCCAGGGGUGGCGGCGGGCUCGGCACGGCCAGACGAACAAGUAGAGCAAAGUAG